UUAUACAUACCUUUUACAGAACGCUGGGCAAAGCCAAAUUUGACCUUUACUUACUGCACUUGAUUCCUCGUAACGCUGACAACAUUUGGCCUCUUGGGUCAACUGGCAUGCAAGAGCUUCUAAAGACCAAAAUUUUGUUCUCUGCCAAAGUUUUGUUCAUUAGACUAAAAGAUCACUUGAAACUUCAUCACGCGACUGUGCGCUACAAGUUGAAUUAGAAUUGUAUCUUAGUCUUUUUCUUCUGUGAAGUUGUCUUUAAAGAAUUCGGACUUUGCGGAACAAAAUAAAAGUGCCAAUGAGAAACGGCGUUACAUCAAAAUCUAGUCACCGAAAUGUCUUUAGGAAAUGAUUCUUUCAACCGCAGCCUCCUCCACUUUGUCGAAGCUGAUGAUUCCACAUCCAGCAGUUUAUACAAUGCUUCUUUCUGCCCAGAUUGUGAGACAUCAGCGCCCAGUCACUUCCUGGACCAGAUGUACCUACUUACGUUCGGAAUAAUGAUAGUGUUCAUGGACCUGGGAUUCGGACUCGUAGAAGCUGGCAGUGUUAGAAGCAAAAAUACAACCCACAUACUUAUCAAAAAUAUUCUGGACACGUUUACGGCAUGCAUUGCUUACUGGCUGGUUGGCUAUGCUUUGGCUUUUGGUCAAGGAAACGAGUUCAUUGGAUGGCAUAACUGGGCAAUGAAUGAUUUUAAUGACGACAAGAUCGCAUUUUUCUUCUACCAAGCUAUGUUUGCAUCAACAGCAACUACUAUAGUUGCCGGCGCUGUAUCUGAGAGAUGUGAAUUCAUCGCAUACCUAAUCUACAGUUUCUUUCUCACAGCUUUCAUUUACCCAGUUGUUACUCACUGGGGCUGGACAACACAAGGUUGGCUCUAUCUUGGAUAUGACUUUGAUAUCAAUGGACUUAUGGAGACGAUUCGUUAUGAAGACUAUGGUGGCAGUGGACUAGUUCAUUUGGUUGGAGGAACAUCUGCUUUUAUAGCAACAUGCUUUCUGGGUCCACGCCUUGGAAGAUUUCAUAAAGAAACUGGCACUGUUAUUAAUAUCAGAGGCCACUCAGUAGCAUUGGCAACAUUUGGAAUCUUUGUUCUAUUGUUUGGAUUUAUGGCUUUCAAUGCAGCUUCUCAGCUCCAUAUUACUCAACCAGGGGAUGCCACAGUUAUUAGUCUGGCUGUAUUCAAUACACUGAUCUCUGCAAGUUUUGGAGGCAUUACUUCGCUUAUAACCCACAGAAUCGGACUAUUUGGCGAUACUUGGAAUAUUUUAGCAGUAAUCAAUGGUGCCUUUGUUGGAAUGGUUUCCAUUUGUGGUGGUUGUAAUGCAAUGCGACCUUGGAGUGCUGCCAUUGUAGGCUUUCUGGCAAGUUUUAUCAUGAAAGGUCUUGAAAGAGCAUUGAUGAAACUUCAAAUAGAUGACCCUUUGAACGCAGUUGGCAUUCACUUCGGUGGCGGUGUGUGGGGAACACUUAGCAUUGCAAUCUUCAAAUAUGAUGGUGGAAUCCUCAUGUCUUGGGAUAAACGAUCAUUUGCUUCUUUGGCGUGGCAGCUAGUAGCAGUGAGUGCCAUUAUACUCUGGACAGCUUCAUGUGGUCUUCUACUAUUUGGGACAUUGAAACUUGUUGGCAUAUUUAGAGUUUCAGAAGAGAUUGAGAAAAAAGGUUUAGACAUUGCCCGUCAUAAGCAACCAGCAUAUCCACUUGAAGCAUAUGGUCAUGGUCAUUUAGAAGACAUUAAGAGAGUUAAAUCUGAUGGGAAACUGGCAACCAUAAAAAUAGGUUUUGAUAACAGAGGAUUUUUGUCAGAUGAUGGUCACUAUGAAACACCAGAGGUAAAACACAUAGGCAUGCACAGGUCAGUGUCUAUUAAUGGAAUUACAGAUUUAAAUCAUCACAACAAAUCGAUUCUUGGUAAGACAGCUUUGACCAGAUUAAACAAAUUUCGACAACUCUUUCAUCUAACUCCCAAAUGUGAUUCUAGUGAGGGAAAUCUAGGACCGAAUCCUAACGAUGAGCUAUUCAAAGUUCGUAUUGAGGGAGUUGAUAUUACUAAGAUGUAAGUUGUAGGAUACAGAGUUCAUUUAUUUAAUACUUUUAUUUCGAGGAUAUUACAUUACAUAUUAAUAUACAAAUUAGAAUCUUGUACAUUAUUUAUUGAAAUAUUUGGUCUGCCUGAUAUCACAUUCAGUAAGAUCAUUGUACUCUACUACACUAAGUACUACAUAUCAAUGCAAUUCUUUGUGGUCCUUAACUAACUAAUAAAUAAUUUUUUACCACAGUUGAAACUAUUUGAAGCAAAUAAAAUAUUCUUUGUAUCUUCCCCACACGUUAAGUGACCUUCUGAACAAAUAUUAAGUCACACAAAAAGUUCAUUACUAGUUAAGGUUUUAUUGACUUAAAGAUCACUUUUAUUGAUGCAUUUAUUCAAGACUUUAUUUACAAAACCAUCAGGUUAUUGAUUUAAUAUUGAUAAUAAUAUUAAAUAAUUGUAUGUUCAGUAAUUAUAAAAUGUCUUGUCAUCUGGCAAUAAUUAAUUCAAACAUUUAUCCAAACCAAUGGUUUCAACUUUUGAAAGCUGAAACAGAAAGUAAAAUGGAAUUAUUAAUUUAUUUUCUAAUAUAAAUACCUAUUUCUUCAUAUAUGACAAAUAUACAAAAUGAAAACAAAUUACAAAGAGAAUGUAUGUUUUUAUUUAUUAUUGUAAUAUAUCAUAGGAAUCAAACUUUUUUGUAGGUGCGUACGUAUAUUAUAAUUGUGCAGAAAUUAUUUUAAAUGUCUUAUCAGUUUUAAUCAGAAUUUUAAUCAGAUUUUAAAGAGACUUUGUAUUGGUCCAUCAGGCUACAUAUGGUAGCUAGUAAGUGUAGCUGCAUUGCACAAGUCCACUGUCCAUGAUGAAAGAAAAGUCCAAAGUUAAAAGAGAGCACAUCAACAAAAAGGAAUACUGUAUUACGUGGCACUCAUAAUUUAUAGCAUUGAUUGGCAAUUUUAGUUUACUAUUACUUGUAGUUAUUAUAUAGCCUAUUAUUUUAAUUGAAAUAUCAUGUUUUCACUCAUGUGAAGAAAAUAAAAGUCUUUUUAUCAAC